AUGUUAAGUAAAAGCGGAAGAAAUGUAUUAUUAAAAUGUUUGAAAAGUGAUAGAAAUAGUGCCUUUAGUAAUUUAAUAAAUAUAUAUGAAGUAUGUGGUAAUGAAAUAUUAAGAAAAUAUAGUACAGGAAUUCACAAUUUAAGUACUAAUAUUAUCAAUCAGAACUCUUAUUCUUUCUUAAAUAAAAAUAAUCAAAUAUUAAAAAUAAAUUUAAGAAAAUGUUUUUCUACAUCAUCUAUUCAAUCAAAUAUCACAUCAGGACAAACUACUAAAAAUGUAUCUUCUGAAUGUUCAAAAAAUUUAUCUAUUGUGGAUAAUUCAAAUGUUCUUAUAUUUUUUGAUAAGAAUCAGCCCGAAACAAUUGGACAAAAGAUUUAUAGAUAUUUAGAUAUAACAGGGUUUUUAACAAGAUAUAAUAAUAGAAAAGAAUGGAUUCUUGAUUUAGAUCCAUAUACUAGAUUAUCUACAGUAAUGUUAACUGAAUACGAAAGAAAACUAAUGAUUUUUUUAAAAUUUCAUGUAUAUUUAUUAUUUGGAGCCUGUGUAUAUUUGUGGUAUCAUGCUCAAAUUCAUUUUACAAUGAAACCACCUUGCCCUAAACCAUAUGCUUAUGGACAUUUAGAUGGAAGAAAAAGAGAUUUCACAUGGCAUGGAAAACUUUUUUUUAUUUAUCCAAAGACUAGAUGUAAAGAAUGUCGUUGGUUAGAUGUUCAAUGUAAAAAAGAAUGCUUUGAAAAACUGAAACUUGAGGGACAUAAAUUUAUUAUUAAUAAAGGAGAUCCUUUAUCAGUGCCUAAAACUGUUUUAUAUCCAUCACAUUUUCACUAA